AUGUCUGGCUGGGGGUGGAGUGGUUGGAACUCUGGCUGGAAAGGCGGAGGCGGAGGCUGGAGUGAAGACAACUGGCGAGACGGAGGCAAAGAAGGAAAGCGCGGAGGCGGAGGAAAGGGGAAGGAUAGAGACAGAGAUGCUGGAAAGGGCCAGGGCCAAGCUUCGAAAGGCUACGGAAAGGGCCACAAAGAUGCCGCUCCGGCGCCUGCAAAGGCGCGAGGGCCUGGCGAGGCUUUGCAGCCCGGGGAGAGCUUGAGGCUUAACGUGAACGACUGCGAGAACGGGUUGCUUCUCAUGGGCAGCACUGGCAGUGGCACGCGAGAGCGUGCCAGGCGGAAGACGGACAGCGGAACGCAAUGGGCUGGUGUCCGUGCUGAUUGUGGCGUUGGUGGAGAAGGCUUGUGGGCCUUCUGCGUGUGGAACGAGACGGGGGGAAACUUGCGCAUUGGUUGGUCUACUGCGGAUGCGAAAUUGGCCUUGGGAACCGAUCGGUUCUCUUGGGGAUUUGGUGGCACAGCUACGAAGUCCCAUGCAGGCAACUUCGAGAAGUUUGGCCAAACAUUCGGUAAAGACGAUGCCAUCACCUGCUGCGUCGAUCUCGAGAGGCGAGCCAUUCUCUACUUUAAGAAUGGUAGAGAGAUCCCGGGAGAUGCCUUCACCUUUGGCAAAGAGCUUUCCGGCGAGCCCCUGUAUCCUCACGUCUAUGCCAAGGAGGCGACAUUUUCGAUUUCCUUCGACGGAAGUGGUGGGGCUCCUCCCUUGUCCGGCGGGUUCAAGUGGAUAGCAGAGGCCGGCAGUUUAGUUCCCCAUCCGACUCGCGUCUCUGGAGCUGGGCCUGCAGAGGUGGCACAGGACGAAGCAGGUGACUCUGGACCGAAGUUUGUCUUGACUCCUUACGGAUGGAGAACCGUCGAGCAAGCCGGUGGCAUCACGCAGGAGUGGCGGACAUCCCUCGAUGCCUAUGUCCGGCACUUUACUUCGAGUCUUGAGCUCGAGUACGAGGCUGAGCGGCAGGCGGUGCUUGAGAAAGUGGCGAAGCGCAGCACUCGGCAGCUGCAAGACGAAGGCAUCGGCAUCGCUGGACUUUGCGGUGAGUUCGACGCCGUUUACGGUCGGGUGACUCUGUGGCCAGAUGGUUGGAGGAUGCCAUAUCUCUCUGAAAUCAAAUUUGGCCGAGCUGUGCUGCUAAGCACCACGGACGGAGGCGUAGAUUUGGAAGAUCCGAAGAAAACCAUAUCGGCAGAAGUCGAGAGCAUCCGUGACAACACCAUCAUCCUCAGCACACCAUACGAGCGAUUGCCUUCAACCGGAAGUGGUAAUGACUUGUACAGGGUGGACCUUGGUCCGAAUAUUAUCGCCAACAAACGCAUUGACAAGAUGCUGGAUGAGUUGCAGAGGUGUCUUGGCGUAGACCAAGCUGCCAACCCUCGGGAUUCAAUCCAAAAGCUGAACUACAAUGCGAAUUUGUGCGGGCUCCUUCUGCCCGGAGCUCCACUGGCAGAUGCUCUUUAUGCGGAUAUCCACGAAUCUUCCGCAGCUGCAGCAAAGUGGGACCCCUUGACUCGUGCGGCACCCAAUGCGAAAGCCGACAUCAGCCGUCACGCACGCGAAAAGGACAUCGGGGCCGAGAAGUACACAGCACACAGUGACAUCCACAGCGAAAAGGACUUGAACGAGUCACAGCAGAACGCUCGGGACAUGGUCCUGGAGCAAAGGCGACGAUUCACUUUGGUUCAAGGUCCACCAGGCACAGGGAAGACGACCACGGCAGUGGCCAUCAUCUGCGGUUGGUUGAAGAGCAACCGUGGGCCAGUACUCGCCUCCGCCUUCAGCAACAAGGGUUGCGACAAUGUUGCACAGCAGCUCCACGCUUUGGGUGUCAAGGUGCUGCGAAUGGGGCUUUGCUCUGCGAAAGAGCCGUAUUCGCUAGAGACGAGGCUCCAGGAGUGCGGCCUGCGGCGCGGGGACAAGGGCAUGAAAGCCGUCUUUGAAAACGUGGAUGUGAUCUGUGCAACAUGCAUCGGCUGCGGCAUGGGCCCGUUGGACAGCAAGACCUUCCCUUUCAUCGUCAUUGACGAGGCGGCUCAGGUCAUCGAGCCUGCCGUGAUUCUGCCUCUCGGCAAGGGGGCCGUCCAGGCGGUGAUGGUGGGCGACCAGUGCCAGCUCCCCGCGACGGUCCUCAGCCAGGAGGCCCAGGCCAAGGGCCUGGACAUCUCCAUGUUCGACCGACUGCUGUCGAUGGGCAUGGAGUACACGCUCCUGACGGAUCAGUACCGAAUGCACCCCUCCAUUAGCGCCUUCCCUUCCUGGCGCUUUUACCGCGGCGAGUUGAAGAACGCGGUAACGGAUGCGGACCGGCAGCUGCCGCCCGGGCUUCCUUUCCGGUCUCCCCUGGUUUUUCUGCAUGUCGAUGCCAUUGAGAGCUCUGGGGGAGCUUCCAAAAAGAAUGAAGCGGAAGCAGACUGCGUGGCUUGGGUCGUGGAGCAGGUCAUGCAACAUGACGUUCGACCAGAAAGCAUUGGCGUCAUUUCUCCGUAUGGGGCACAGGUGAAGCUGAUACAAAGGUCACUGCCGUACAAUGCGCAGUUGGCGGUCCAAGUGUCGACCGUGGAUGCAUUCCAAGGGAGCGAGAGGGAGGUCAUUAUCUUCAGCCUCGUCCGAGCGAACCGUCGUGGAGAUGUCGGAUUUGUGGCCGACUGGCGUCGUCUCAACGUGGCCUUGACACGUGCCAGACGACUUUGUGUCGUGAUCGGCAACAUUCCGACAUGGCUGCAGACCGAGAGCUCGCUGCUGCGAGACUGGCUGGGCUUCCACCAGGUUGGGAAAGCGGACGUGCGCGCUUUCAGAGGUUACAACGUGACAGCGCUGCCUGCCGACGUGGCGGCAAAGGCGAACGCCUUGCGGCAGGACUUUGCCACGAAGAAUCCUGCGCCACAGAAGUUGGCACGGGCUCAAAAAGCGGAGCGGAACGUUUCUGUUGCUGGGAAGAAGGCACGCGAAAUCACCCAGGCACUUGAGGAUGCGAUCAAGGCCAGUGAUGAGGUCGUGCUCAAAAGCGUGAUUUCUCAAGCCAAGGAGGCGGGCAUCGAAAAAAGCAUCAUCGACGAAGCUGAGACCGUGCUGGAGUCGUUGGCGGCUUCCAAGAAGCUGCAGGCAGCCAUGCAAAGCAGAGACCCUACCGCACUGGUGCAGGCCAUCAUCCUGGCAAAGAUGACCGGUGUCGAUGAAGAGAAGGUUCAGCAGGCAGAAGACCUAAUGAACGAGCUCGUUGUCCCGUCUGAAGAGCAUGGCAGAUCCUUCUAUGCCCCAGCUCCGAAGACUGAGAACGAGUCGAAAGUGGCAGAGGAAGCUCCGACACAAAAGAAGAAGAAGAAAAGCUGGGCGGGACUCUUGAACACUGGACCGAAGUAUGCAGGCCGAAAUCGAGAGGAGGACGAUGCGCCGCCCCCUGAGCCGGAGCCCGUCAAACCGGCACCUGAAGCCACCAUGCCCGAAAGCAAAGGAAAAGAAGGAAAGGCCAAGGGCAAAGGCAAAGGCAAAGAUGGAAAGGAUGGGAAGGGAAAGGAUGGAAAGGACGAUGGCAAGCCGUAUUUGGUGGUGGACCCCGAGGUUGGAGCUGGUGUUGAACUGACUGCGACAUGUUGGGGGAUGCACGUGGACGAAGUCGAGGACGAGCCCGGCCAACCGCAUCUUCAGGCGGGUUGCACCAUCACCGCCAUCGACGGAACGAGCCUGCUGGGCUUGGAGGAUGAGGAUGCCGUGGUCGCCACCUUCGGCGAGAAGUUCAAAAACGGGGCGAUCAUCGAGGUCGACCCCGCAACCUUUGACACUUUGGAGCUGCCGCCAGAUGCCACGCACUGGCCUGUGAGCUUCCAGGAGGAUCUGGACAUGCUCGCUUCGAAGUUCGCCUUGGACUGCAGCAUCUCCAAGCUUGGCUUGGAGCUGGCGGGGCCGUCGGUGGCCAUGGAACCCGCAAAGCUUGAGCUCCGGCAGCUCUUGGAUUUUUACGUCAAUGGCCAGUCAGCCGAGCAACAGAAGCAACGAAAGGUGGACCAGGAGGCUAUCCAGAUGGCUAUUCGCCAAAACCAAGAGAGAUUGCGCCGAGAAGCAGAGGAGUAUGCUGCGUGGCAGGCGUAUGUUCAACAAAUGCAGGACACCUAUACUGCAUAUGCGAUUGCGGCUCAUCAGGCCAUGCAGCAGCAGAUGAUGCAAGUUGCAAUGCAACAGCAAGCUAUGCAGCAACAUGCUAUGGCCAUGCAGCAUCAGCAGCAGACAAUGGCGAUGCCACAGGCUGCGCCACAGCAUGCAAUGCAGCAGGGAUGGCAGCAACCAUGUGCUCCUUACACUCAGCAACCCCAGUCGAUGUAUGGUGCAAAUGCUCAGGCAAUGUUUCAGAUGCCUGCAGAGUGGGUUCUAUAUUAUGACCAGCAAGGCCAGCCAUACUACUACAAUGAAAGGACAGGUGAAAGCGCAUGGUCACUUGCACCAGGAACCAACUUCAGGCAGGGUGGCCAUGCCGCAUGUGGCGGUUGUGGCUGUGGAGGGUGUGGCAUGCCGUAUGUUCAGCAGCAGCCCAUGUGGGGUCAGCCGGGGUACGGUCAGCCCUGGGGCUAG